AUGGAAAAAGAUCAAGAAAAAGGCACUGGUCGACUCACAGCUCAACCUGUCCUACUUUCUCCCUCCACUCUGCUCUGCUCUGCACUGCUUCCUUUUUCACACUUCUGCAAUUAAUAGGCCAACUUUUUUUCCUUUCCCAUUUCUUGGAUCUCUACUUCUUAUUAUUCUCCUUCUUUCUGAAAAAAAAAAGAUUAAAAAGUCUCGUCCAGUUUAGACUACAUUGUUGAUCUCAAUUAAUCUUGAAUUUCUGCAAAACCAAGAUAAAAGAUGAUCACUCUGUGAGUCUGAGCAAAAUGGGAGGUUGUGUCUCGAGUAGCAGCUCGAGUACUUGUAGUAGUAGGAGCAAUGGAGAAAGAAUUUCACAUGAAUGUUUGGGAAUAAACAUGUUCGGUCGAAAGAGGAUUAGAAGAAGUCUUUCUGAUCCUGCAACCAUAUUGCAGCAUCUGAGUUCGAUUCCCAAUCGGAUCUUUACGAAUGGCAAGAGCCGGACUUCUUGCAUAUUCACGCAACAGGGACGUAAAGGCGUUAACCAGGAUGCCAUGAUCGUGUGGGAAGAUUUCAUGUCAGAAGAUGUGACUUUUUGCGGUGUAUUUGAUGGCCAUGGUCCACAUGGCCAUCUUGUUGCUCGCAAAGUAAGGGAUGCACUGCCCCUGAAGCUAAAAUCCCUCUUGCAGUCAUUUGAAUCAAAUCGCAGUGAGAAUCCACAAGUGGAAACUGUGGAUCCCGAUAAGGAUCAAGUGACGUCGGAUAAAGUGGUCACUCAGUGGAAGGACGCUUUCCUUCAAUCAUACAAGGCAAUGGACAAAGAAUUGAGGUCCCAACCUAACUUAGAUUGCUUUUGCAGCGGCAGCACUGCUGUUACUCUAAUAAAACAGGGUUCAAACCUUUAUAUGGGCUAUAUUGGUGAUUCUCGAGCAAUCUUGGCGUCAAAGGAUGAGAAUGAUUCAAUGGUAGCAGUCCAGUUGACUGUUGAUCUGAAACCUGAUUUACCUAGGGAAGCUGAGAGGAUAAAACAGUGUAAAGGUCGGGUUUUUGCAUUGCAAGAUGAGCCCGAAGUGCAUAGAGUUUGGUUGCCAUAUGAUAAUGCCCCUGGGUUAGCAAUGGCUCGAGCAUUUGGCGAUUUUUGUGUUAAGGAAUAUGGGGUAAUUUCUAUGCCAGAAUUUUCUCACCGGGUUCUUACAGAGAGGGACCAGUUCAUUGUUCUUGCUUCUGAUGGGGUUUGGGAUGUAUUGAGUAAUGAAGAAGUUGUUGAUAUAGUGUCAUCAGCUCCUACACGGUCGUCAGCUGCCAGGAUCCUAGUCGACUCUGCUGCUCGUGAAUGGAAAACCAAAUAUCCAACUUCAAAAAUGGAUGAUUGUGCUGUUGUUUGCUUAUUCUUGGACGGACAUAUGGACAUGGAAUCCGACAACGAGGAACAAUCCUUUUCUUCUGCUACUCUUCAGCGUAACCAUUCUGAUAACGCAGCCGAAUCAGAUGAUGGGCACAGCUCCGAGCCAUGUCUACAGAGAAAUUUCACUGUUAGAUCAGGUGAAGAGAAUGAUGCUUAUAAACAAGUAGUAGCCGAAGCAGAAGCAAAUCAGGAAACCGUAGUAACAGAAGAUCAGAAAUGGUCAGGAUUAGAAGGUGUUACUCGAGUAAACUCUCUGGUUCAGCUUCCAAGAUUUUCAGAAGAACGGCCAGGACCUUAACCUCUUGUUAUUCAAUUAUUAUUUGUUAUAAUUCACAUCCCUUCGUCUCAAAGAUGAAAUAGAGAGUGGCAUUAUUGUCAUCCUCUAUAUCUUGUGCAAAUAUAUUUUUCCUGUAGGCAUUAGACCAUGUAUACGUCCACCCCUUCUCGCCAUUGAUAGAGAGCACCUUCAUGCGCGGGGUAAGCCUUUUAUCUUUAUCCUGUUUAUGUUCCAUGUUCGGGUUAAUUUGGUUUGUUCAGCAAGUUAAAUUGGCAUUCAUUUGAAUUGUAAAUUAUUAGGAUGUUCCCUUCAAAGGCAUGACAAUUAUUACAGUUUAUGUUAUGUAUGCUCUCUGUAUGAUGAGAGUUUUGCCUGUGA